AUGAAGGGCUCUCGGGCGCUGCGCAAUGGUGCCGCGACGGCUUUCGUCACAGCGAGGGGAGGGACUAGAGGGAUGAGCUCUUUGCGAGCUUUACAAGGUUGCGGGAGUGGAAGGGGGAUAUGUCAUGGCUGCGGAAGGCCUAUGGCAUUAUCUCUGAGUUUUCCUCAGUUACAAUGGCCUUUAGGAAGGCCAAGUCAGACUCAACAUCGUGACAAUCACACAUCUACUACGUCAAAACCAUGGCACUCCUCCCCCUCGAAACCUCCGACCGUCCAUCCGACCACCGAAACUCCCCUCCCCGAACAGCUCCGCUCCAUCAUGCGUCUCCUACCUCAUAGCGUCGUCGUCUGCACCUCGAACCAGCCCGGCGACGGGCCCCGCGCCAUGACCAUGUCGUCUUUCACAUCUCUCACGCUCUCGCCCACGCCACUCGUAACAUUCAACAUUGCGACGCCAAGCCGGACGCUAGAUGCUAUACGUGCGAGCGGUGGGUUCAAUGUCCACGUCCUAGCUGGAGAUGAACGCGGCGCAAGGGUGGCGAACCACUUUACAAAAGGCAACGUGGGCGGCCAUGUAUUAGAGGAUCUAGAAAGCCUUGGAUACAGCUACCCUGACGGAGAACCCGGAAAGGGGGCUCCAGUCUUGAAGGGCGAAGGGGUCAUGUUUGCUCUGCGGUGCCGGGUAUUGCGGGACGCACCUGAGAGUGGGCUCGUGAGGGUGAGGGACCAUGUGAUUGUGGUCGGAGAGGUUGUGGAGAUGGUGAGAGUGGAGGGAGAGGAGGAGUUUGGACUUGUGUAUGCGGAUAGGAAGUAUAGACAGGUUGGGGGUGUGUUGGAGAAGUGA